UUCUUAGUAUGUGUAAAUACAAUUGCAGAGCUGAAACAAAGAAAGAGAGAGUGGUAGAAGACGAAGACGAAGACGAGAAGAAACUAACAACUUCAGAAUUCCGACCACAAUGAAUAAAACUAGCAUUUACGCUUGGCUUGUUUCAAUUGUUUGCUUCCUCGUUUUGAUGAUCGUAACCCCAUCUAUCCCUCAGUCGCAGGACUACCACAACUUCGCCGAUCACCGCCAAUUUUUCGGUAUACCUAAUACUCUGAACGUGAUUUCAAAUUUUCCAUUCUUGAUUAUUGGUAUCAUAGGCCUUGUGCUUUGCUACCAUGAGAAUUAUUUUAGGCUGAGUUUGCGAGGCGAGCUUUAUGGUUGGACUUGUUUUUAUAUUGGCGUGGCUCUUGUAGCCUUUGGCUCCUCUUAUUAUCAUCUUGAGCCAAAUGAUGCUCGCCUUGUCUGGGAUCGGUUACCUAUGACCAUUGCAUUCACUUCAAUCAUUUCAAUAUUUAUUAUUGAAAGGAUUGAUGAGCACAAAGGAACACUGUCCAUCAUACCUUUAUUGUUGGUCGGUAUAGUUAGCAUUUUAUAUUGGUGCUUGUUUGAUGAUCUACGCCCCUAUGCACUUGUUCAGUUUGUUCCUUGUAUUGCCAUUCCAUUAAUGACUAUUUUGUUACCUCCAAUGUAUACACAUUCUACGUACUGGCUUUGGGCAGCAGGAUUUUAUCUAUUAGCAAAGGUAGAAGAAGCUUGCGAUAAACCCAUAUAUAAUUGGACAUAUCAUAUUGUUAGUGGUCACACACUCAAGCACUUGUGUGCUGCUAUGGUUCCUGUCUUCUUAACUUUGAUGCUUGCCAAGCGAACAAUUGAACCAGACAGGCAGAGUUUAUACAAGAUUUGGAAGGUGACAUUGAUGAACUUUCGGGAUGAUAAAAACAAGGUAGAGGCCUCAGUUUGUUCCUUCUCAUCUGUCCCUGUCCUAGAACCACAAUAGUUUGAAUUUGGAAUAUAUUUCAACUUAGUAAAUAUUGCUCUUUUAUUGUAUAUAGCUGUAUUUAGACAUUGAGAAAGAUCACACAAAACUCAAGUCUCCCAAAUGUAACCACUUAUUAGUUGUCUCCAAAUUCUAAUCUGCUUCCUCCAAUUACCUGUGGUGUGUAGGGUAAAGUGAAGUUUUGUUCUUUGAAUACAUUAACACAUCAAUAGAUAACUGGUUAAAUUA